AUGUCAAUAUCAAGGAACCACCUGCAAGGCGGUAGCAGUAGUGGUGAUACCUCCUCCAGGUUAUCCUCCAACAAUCCAUAUAGAGAUCUCGAAGCCCAGCAACAGCCCAACUUGGUCAACGAUGCAACUCCCAUUCAACAACAACAACCACCUCCUUCUUCAUCGCGUCCACCACCCAAUGCAUUCAUGACAUUUGCUAUCCGUGAGAGACCUAAGCCUGACGUCUCUGUGGUUCGACGCAACACAAUCGCCACCAAUCCAGUACCGAUCGAGGAAUUCGACGCUCUAUUUGACGAACAACAACAACCGCUCUAUCGUCGACCUUCUCGAGCUGAAUCGAUCGCUUCAUUAGCAGCCCAUUCACAGUAUGACUCAAACGAGGAACAAGACUACUCGGAUACAGCACGAUUGACAGCCAACAUGGCAGGCGAUGAUCCAUCACCUACGCAACCACCUCGACGCAACCAAUCCCUUCGCAAAGUUGCUACUGUUUUACGCCGAGUCUCAAGGCGAGUUGUCAAUAAUAAUACCAUGGCGACCAUUGAUGAACAACCAAUGAUCCAAGAAUCGAUACCCAUGACAUCAACAUCCAAAGAUACGCCAUCUUCUCCAUCAUCACCCCCACCGCCUCCACCUCCUACACAACAAAUCAUGCCGCUCGUACAACGUCAACGCAAAUCCAGAGGCAUCAUCCUUGCAGGCAAAAGUCUGGGCAUCUUUGGACCAGAGAAUCCCCUUCGACGCAUGUUUGCAAAGAUGUUGCAAUGGAGGUGGAUGGAAACACUCAUGAUGCUGAUCAUUGCUGCCCAUGGUAUCGUAUUGCUUAUCGUUGGAUGGGGAAACAAUCCACAACCAGAACCACCAGCACAUUGGGGUGAGACUUGGGAUCAAUUUGUAUUGCUCGGCAUCUUUUGCUUUUAUACGCUGUCUGUUGCAAUACGUAUCAUCACAUUUGGUUUCUUGUUCUCGCCAAAGCCUAUCGACGUGACCGAUGAAAAUGGAUCUUCCAUACCCGUUAUCCCACCUCUGGCCUUUAUGCGGCAUUCUUGGAAUCGUAUCGAUUUACUAUCAGUCAUGUGCUACUGGAUUGAUCUGGGUUUGACAUGUGCUGGUCAAGUCAUCAUUGGUGAUACAAGGCGAAUCCUCAUAUUCAAGGCUCUCUCAGCUAUGAUCUUGUUACGGCUAUUACUCAUCACCAACAGCAAUCGCGUUAUUCUUCAAAGUCUCAAGAAAGCGGGUCCAUUGCUUGUCAACGUAUCCUCGUUUGUGCUCUUCUUUUUUGUGAUCUUUGCAAUUGUCGGUGUACAAGCUUUCAAGGGAUCAUUUUUACGCCAUUGUGUUUGGCAUGACCCCGAUGAUCCAACCAAUAUCCAAGAGCUGCAACAGUAUUGUGGAGGCUAUAUGGAGGAUGGCGUGGAAAAGCCAUAUCUGCUAAAGGAUGGUACCCCAGGUCCAUGGUCAAAAGGUUUUAUUUGCCAAGAAGGUUUGGUGUGUCAGGAAACCGAGAACCCAUUUGGUGGCACCAUCAGCUUUGACAACAUUUUCUCAUCCAUGUUGAUUAUCGUGAUCAUUGCUGGUAAUCAAACGUGGACCGAUCGAAUGUACGACAUGAUGGAUGCCGAAUAUUUCGUUGUCUCGCUCUAUUUCACAGUCAUUGUGAUCAUCAUGAAUUACUGGUUAAUCAAUCUCUUUGUCGCUGUCAUCAACGAAAUGUUCGCCAAAGUACGUGAAGAUUCGCAACAUUCGGCAUUCACCGCUUCUCGAGGAAAACCAGUGUUGGCAGAUGCAGCUGAAGGAUGGUCUAUUGGUCAAGGUGGCUCUGGCAAAAGCGGGAGCAAAUCCAGAAUACUAGCCAACCUGGUCAGAUACACGAAACCAUUUUGGGUGCUCUUGGUGGCGAUUGAUUUGAUUGUGAUGGGCUUAAAGAACAAUGAUAUGACGGAUGAGCAAUUGGAGUUGAUUGACACAGCCGAAUUGAUAUUCUCGAUUGCAUUUUUGAUUGAGAUCAUCCUUCGAUUCUUUGCUGAAUUCCCCCAUUGGCGAAAGUUUUUUCAUUCCAAGACCAACAGAACGGAUUUGCUUAUUGCCGUCAUCACGUGCAUCAUUCGUAUACCACCCAUCCACGAUAAUCGCCCAGUGUAUGCAUGGCUCACAGGAUUCCAGGUGUUGCGUAUUUAUCGUGUGGUGUUGAGUAUUCCACGUAUCAGGACGCUUAGUGUGCGUGUCCUCGGCAGUGCUUGGGGUUUGAUCAACUUGGUCUUUUUCAUCGUCCUAGCAACCAUUCUUUGUGCAAUAAUGGCUUUCCAAUUGUUCGAGGGGAUGAUGAAUGAUUCUGACGAGGAAAUGCGCUUCUUUUCGAUUUACAACUCGUUUGUGGCAUUGAAUCAGCUCUUUUCAGGAGAAGAUUGGACAACAGUAUUAUACAAUGCGAUGGAAUCGAGCGUGCCAUCGAGAACAGCGGCAAUCACAGCUCUUUUUCUUGUUUUAUGGUUCUUGUGCUCCAACUUCAUUCUCGUCAACAUGUUUAUUGCUGUUCUUAUGGAAAACUUUGAAACGGCUGAAGAAGAGAAGCGAAUGCGACAAGUUGAUCAAUAUGCGCGACAACAAGAGCAUGUUGAAAAACAUGAUCCUGUCAUCAGUCGUUGGAAUAUCUAUCGAUACUUUCGUGCAAAGCCUAAAGGCGUCAAUGUCGGCAACAUGCCUACCAACCUGGUGCUUCCGGCAAAAAAGACGACUAUUAGGGACUUUAUGAAUGCUGAUGUGAUCAAAUCGCAUGCUGAUAUGGAAAAGCAACCUGGUGUUUUGCAAGGCACACGACCUCGAGAUACCAAACGAUUUUCUGGUGUGCGUGGUUUUCUCGACAACUUGUUGCAUCGUGGUGGUGGGCAUAACGACGCAUCAGCAUCCCCGAAUGGAACCCGAAAGAGCUUUAUGCUUGACGACCGAAAUCCACUUGACCAAUUUCACACCUUUUAUGAUACGCGCAAAUCAGCUGAUAUGGAUCCUGCUUCAAUUCGCCAAAUAUUGGAAGCGCCACGUGAUGCGACAGCUGCUGGAAUUGCCGAAGCAGUGAUGUUGGAUGUAGAAGAACGCAGAGCACAGCGACAAGAAUUCAUUGCAGCCCAUCCAACCUAUGACAAGUCAUUGUAUAUUUUCAAUCCAAGCAAUCCUAUACGUCGAUGGUGUCAAAUGAUGGUGCCUCCUAGUCGUGGUGAGCGAUACUUUGGCGCACAACCUUCGCUGGUUGCUAGUUGGAUCUUUUUCGGCAUCAUCAGCUGUUCAGUGGUGACCACCGUGGUGCUGACAAUUUACAAUUCACCCGUGUAUCAAUUCAAAAAUCGUGAUAAUCCAGCACACUUGAUGGUGUUCUCGCACAUUGAUUGGGCGUUUACCUUUAUUUUCACGGCUGAAUUCAUCAUCAAAGUCAUUGCUGAUGGCGUUCUCUUGGCUCCCAAUGCCUAUCUCUUGAAUGGAUGGAACAUCUUGGAUUUAUUUGUACUCAUCUCAUUGUAUCUCUCGAACUUCGGCAACUUUGCAUCAUCCACUGGUGUUGAACGUGCGUUUCGGGCAUUCAAGGCAUUGAGAGCACUACGUCUCAUCAAUUUGUUACGACCUGCAAGAGAAAUGUUCACCGUAAUCCUCGUCAAAGGCUUACCACAUAUCAUUGAUGCCGGCAUUCUUUGCAUCUUUUUGAUCAUUCCCUUCGCGCUCUAUGGUCAAAAUUUAUUUCAAGGCUUAUUUUAUUUCUGUAACGAUGAUGGCGACGACAUUACCACCAAAUCCUUAUGCGUCUAUGAAGGAAUGUUGGGUACUCAAGAACCAAUGCCUGAGGAUACUGAGAUCUAUGCACCUCGUAUAUGGGACAAUCCAUAUGUCUACAGCUUUGACUCGUUUUGGAAAGGGCUCUUGGUGCUAGUUGAAAUUGCAAGUGGUGAAGGUUGGAUCGAUGUGCUCGAAGUAAGCAUGAGCAUCGUGGGCAAGGACAUGUCACCUCAACAGGAUGCAAGCCAGUUGAGUGGUAUCUUUUUCAUGGUUUACAAUAUUGCUGGUUCGAUCAUGGUCAUUUCGCUCUUCCUCGGUGUGGUAUUGGAGAACUUUUCAAGGCGUAAUGGCACAGCGUACAUGACAGCGGAUCAACGACGAUGGCUUGAUUUGAAAAAGCUAUUGAGCCAAAUGCGUCCUGCAAAGCGCCCAAGAAAGAUCCCAACGAGCUGGUUAAGGAAAUGGUGCUUUGAUGUGGUGGUUGACAAACGUAGCAAGUUUUACAAGUUCAUGACAGGAGCCAUUGUGCUCAACAUCCUGUUCUUAUGCACCGAGUUUGAUCAAGACGACGACAUCCCUGGAUAUAAUACUGCUCGAGGUUAUGUAUUCUUGCUCUUCGUGGGAAUCUACUGGAUCGAGAUCAUCAUCAAGUUUCUUGGUCUUGGAUGGAACUCCUUUCGGCGCAAUCUUUGGAAUUUGUAUGAUUUGAUUGUUGUCAGUGGAAGCACGGUUACCAUCAUCACCAGCUUCGGCGACCAAGAGCAACAAGUGACCGUCGAAGCACAAAAGCUAUUCAUGACCGCCCUUUGUUUCAAACUUGUACAGCGAAGCGAUAGUCUCAAUCAGCUUUUCACCAUCAUUGCUGCGUCGGCAUAUCAAAUCGUCAACGUCUUUGCCGUGUGGUUCAUUGUCUUGACUACUUACUGUAUCAUGUUUAUGGAGAUCUUUGCAUUGACCAAAUAUGGCACGCAAGCAACAACCGAACAUGUCAACUUUCGUUCUUAUGCAAAUACCAUGAUUUCUUUGGUGCGGUUUUCUACCGGGGAGGCGUGGAAUACCGUCAUGCACGAUUUUACGGUGGAGUCGCCCGAUUGUGUCGUUUCCGAUAACUACCUUGAUUCUGAUUGUGGAUCCAAAAGUUGGGCCUAUUUCCUGUUUCUCAGCUUCAACAUCAUUUCCAUGUACAUCUUUACCGCCAUCUUUGUUGCCGUGGUUGCCGACAACUUUUCCUACGUCUACCAAAUCGCCUCCAACUUUUCGCUUGUGAACCGUGACGAGAUCAGAAAAUAUCCUUUUUAUAUCGCAUAUGUAGAUAUCAACCGGAUCGGAUACAUUGAACCUAAGCAGUACAUUGGCUUUUGGCGAAAACUAAGCGGUGCCUUUCGGAUACGUAUUUACGAUCAUGAAUUCUCAUACAAGUCGCUUCACGAGGAAUGUGCUUUGGAUGAACGGCUGUUGGACCCAUCAGAGAACCAGUACCAAGUACGCGUGGACUUGCACAGGCUACGAGCAAGAUUGAAUGCUUUGGAUAAGGCCGAAAUUCACCAACGAAAACAUGAUCUUGAUUGUUUAUACUGGGAGGCGGCAUUAUCCGAAGGGCCUAAGGGUGUCUCGUUCAAUGAGAUGUUGUUGAUGAUUGCACGUCGCAAGUUGGUGAUUCCUGAAAAUGCCUUUUUACUUGAAGAGCUUUUGAACAACCAGAAACGGGAAGAAGCUGUUGAGGCAUUAAUCAAGAUUGAUCGGGUCAAGGGCAUGAUUGAGACGAUUGCACUGCGCAAAAAGUUCCUAAAGCAUCUUGAAAGCAAAAAGAAAUCACGCGUUGCCGCACCACCAGCUAUUGUCGUCAAUCAACAUCGCAUAUCACGGCCGCUUAAUAUGAUGGACCUCUAUUCCGCUCCACCCACUCCUGCUACACCCACAGCUGAUUUUUCCAGUCGCAUGUUUGAUGAUAAUGCUUCCAUGGGUUCUGGCGGUGAUUUGAGAAGCCCUACAUUUGAUAGGAGCUUACAAGCUGGGCCUUACCAUCCCCGUGAUUCAGAAGCGACAGGGCGAACAAGCGAAUCCAAUGAGCGUGUUGUCUGGCACGACAUGCUGCAAAACGAGCUUAAACAAUAG